GUAUAUUAUCAUAGUGCCAAAUUCCAGAUGCACCGAGUCGCAGACCAAUAUUUAGUUCUUUUUCUGAUUGGAGAAGAACAUCCAGUAUUCUUUGCUUGUCUUGCAGGAUCAACAACUAACCAAGAAAAAAGUAGUUUAUCUGAUUUUGGUGUAAGGAAUGAUCAAUCCACUGGAGAAACUUUUCGAGGAGCUCUGCAAUGCCUUUAAAGACCUCAUCAAGAAGAAUAUUAAAUUUAAAGGCAAACUCAAAGGCAUCGAAGCAAAGCUAGAAGCUCUAAAGCCGGUGAUCCAAGAUAUGCUGCAGAGUAAUGAGGUAUUAGAUCGCUCAAGUAACGAACUAAAAGGUUUAACAGAAGUUAUCGAGUCUGGCAUCGAGCUCAUUGUCAAGUGCUCAAAGUCUCGGGUGUGGGAGCUCUUCAAGAAGUACAAAUACGCCAACAAACUUAUUGAAUGGGAGGAAAGUCUAGGAAGUAAGUUUGAUAUACUGAAAGUGCAGACCAGCAGGGAUGUGAAGGACAUUGCAAGAGAGGUGAAGGAGACUGGAGUGGUUGUGCAGGACACCGCAAGAGAGGUGAAGGAGACUGCAGUGGUUGUGCAGGACACCGAAAGAGAGGUGAAGGAGACUGGAGUGGUUGUGCAGGACACUGCAAGAGAGGUGAAGGGGACUGGAGUGGUUCUGCAGGACACCGCAAGAGAGGUGAAGGAGAUUGCAGCUACAUUGAAGAAUGUGGAGGCUUCGGUAGAGAAUAUACUAAUUGUGAUACAAAAUCAACCUGGGGAAUCUAAAGCUUGGAUGACUACUGAAGUACCUGAACUUCCAGGUAAUACAGUAGGAUUGGACACGCAUGUGAAGGAAUUGAACAUGAAGCUUGUCAAGGAUGGGGGGUCAAUGCUUGUAAUAACAGCUCCUGGAGGGUCUGGCAAAACCACUUUGGCUAAAAUGUUAUAUCAUGAUGAUCAAGUCAAAGAUGGAGCGUUUUCAACAAAAUGGCACGAUAUGGAACUACCAGUAGCUGAGGUUCUAGUCUUGAAUUUUCAGACCAAGAACUAUGCAUUACCCCAAUUUGUGGAGAAAAUGGUUAAGUUGAAGGUACUGGUAGUCACAAAUUAUGGUAUUGUGCCUUCAGAAUUAACGAAUUUCGAAAUACUGUGUGCAUCAUCAUAUUUGAAGAGAAUGAAAUUGGAACGCAUCUCAAUUCCAUCCAUAGCCAAGCACCCCAUGCAAUUGAAUGGUCUCCAGAAGAUUUCUUUAUUCAUGGUGUAAUAUUGGUCAAGCUUUCAGCAAUGGGUCAAUCCAAUUUUCACAUGCAUGGCCAAAUCUAGUGGAAGUGAACAUUGACUAUUGCAAUGAUUUGGUGGCAUUGCCUGCUGACACCAGUGAUUUGAUUCAUCUAAAGAAGCUCAGCAUCACCAACUGUCAUAAACUACUUGCCUUGCCUGAAGAUAUUGGAAAGCUGGCCAAAUUAGAAUUGUUGAGGCUAAGGUCUUGUACAGGCUUAGCAAAGUUGCCGGGUUCGACUGGGAACCUCAAGAUGCUAAAAUCUCUUGAUAUAUCUUACUGCUUCAGCAUUAAGGAGUUGCCUGAAGACUUUGGUGAAUUGAUCAGCUUAAGAGAGCUUAACAUGAGAGACUGCUCAAGAUUGCAAGAGCUGCCUCUAUCAGUUUCAAAUCUGGAGCAUUUCGAAGUGAUAUGUGAUGAUGAGACACAAAGCUUAUGACAACCCUUCUUACCUAUCGAAGGCACACACAUAGUGGUGGCCAAGGAGAAUAUCAACCUAAAUUGGCUCCCCAAGUUUCAGUUUUGAGAGCUGUCUAUGUAUGGUUCUUUCCCCCCGCAUUUCCUUCUGCUUGUUGGAUUUAAUCUUCUGCUUUUGCAAAAAUCAUCAGAUAUUUUGUCUGCAUAUAUAAUACCAUUGUUGUCUUGUAAUUUUCAGAAUCAAUGUGAUAAUACACAAUAUAAUUCUUCAUGUCA